GUGACAGAGAGGUCGAAGAAAAACACGCGUUGCUGCGGCUGAAAUUUCCGCUGUUUUGCAUUAUUUGGAAAAAAAAACACACAUCGGGCGAAAUGUCCAGCUCCGGGAGAAAGCGCAAACAGCAACUGAAGCCGCGCCAGGAUGAUCACCGGUCGCCGGUCAAGCGGCGCAGUGUGGACAUCAAGACGGAACCGUUGGACGGCUAUCCGGCGCUCGCAGACUACGAUUUAAGUACGGCCGAUAUCAAGCCGGAUCUCACUGAACUCCAACUGCAGCUGGUAGCGGAGCAGCAGGUGACCACCACUACCGUUCGCUUGGAAUUGGAGCAGCAAGAGAGCGAUUCCGACGAGGAUGGCUACUCGGAGCUUGAUUACCAAGCGGCAGAUGUCUUCUGUCAGGACGAGGCGGAUGACUACGACCCAGAUUGGAGCAGCCAGCAGGCGGGCUCCAGAUUACUCUUCAAAUUUCCCAUCCAGCAAACUGGCCUGAAAUUCGGACAACGCUUUCAGGGACCGCAGCACUACUUCAACCAACUGCUGGGAAACCGCUCCAAGUUUUUCUCUUCCCUGGCCCAAAGCUGCAACCUAAAGGGAGGAGAGCUCAAGUCCAAGCCCACAACUGCCGAAGAAAUGGAAAUCUUUAUGGGCCUCUCCCUGCUUAUGUGUGACCUGAAGCUGGAGCACCUCUCGGAUUACUGGAGCACUAACAUGUUUUACGGUCUCGUCGGAUUUUCGGGGAAGAUGUCCCUGGAGCGGUAUCAGCAGCUGCUGCACUGUCUAAACUUUGAUGCACCGCAGCUACAAACGGGCAAAGCCAAGCUGAAGGACUUUCCACUGCUAGACUUUAUCAACGAGCGCAUGGAAGAGAUAUACAUUUGUGGCCAGCAAUUGGUGCUCAAUGAACCUAUCACUCUGUGGAAAGGAACUUUGAGCUCCCAGGAGGAUCUUCCCAACAAAUUCCGCACCAACUCACUACUGCUGCAUAUGCUAACUGAGCAGAGCGGACUGGUGGUGAAGCUUCUGCCGGAGAUUGUGCGAAAGGAAGACGGACCGGCAUGGGUACGCAAUUCCCGGCAGUUGGUGGAGCACCGUAACAAAAUUGCCCUCAAACUAAUGGAGGGAUACCAGGGAGGACGCACUGUGUACGCAUCAAAGUUCUAUGGAAGCUAUGGUCUGGCUCAGGAGUUGGCUAAGAAAAGCACCUAUUGCACUGGUCUGCUGGACAGGAAUAGGUAUGGCAACAGUAAGGCACUGGUGCACCAGCGAUUAGAUUCCAACAGCAUCUCCACCAGCUAUGCCACUUCUCUGAUGAUGGCCAAGUGGCGACGACGGGCAAAGAGCUUGUACUUCUUCAGCUCCGACUGCUUGGCCAUUUAUUCCAAGGAGAUGGCCAUGCAGAAAACGAAUGCGAAACCCAAGUUGAUCCAAGAACUCGAAUUUCAACUGCGACCUGGAAACAAUGGUCGCCACCAUCUGAUCCACUACCAAGCUGCCUGCCAGGAUUUGCCGGCGGACAGGAAGCUGACCAUUUUUCUACUCAACAUUCUCGUGUACAAUUCCUAUUUGCUAUACUUCGCCAAUGGCCAGAAUGCGCGAGUCGGACAUCUAAAAAGUUACUCGGAGUUUCGGGUGAUUAUAAUAAAGUCUCUUCUAAGAGAAGAAGUGACGAACGAACCGCUAACAGUUAGUCCCCAGAAACCGGAUGCAUAUGAGCGGUCAAAGAACAAACCGGUGCCCGAGCCCAGGAUGAAGACCAUUCUUCACGAACCCGUGCUUAUCCAGCAGAAUGGAAAGCCGGCUAAGAAAAACUGCCGCUAUUGCCACAAAGGCGGAAUGUUGCAGUUCAGCAAGUUUAUGUGCAACACCUGUCCGGAUAAGCCAGGUUUAUGCCAGGAACCCUGCUUCCUGCUCUGGCAUGAGCAGCUCAAGAAGUAAUCGGACAGACAAUUGGACGAAGGGAUUAAGAAUAUAUUACAAUUUGUUACAGAGGAACAAAUGUUUUU